AUGGUAGAUGGUUUCUCCGUCCGGAAGGCCACCAGCACAACAUCCACAGUGCGAAAUUCCAGGGCCACUCGUAUCAGGUUUCAGGACGUGCUGACCCGUGAGGGCGGCUGGUCGCCCUGCGAGAGCGACUUCCUGGCUCCCUGCAAGGGCCUCUUCACGUUGGCCCUGAUGAAGAACGGCCAGUUCCAGGUGACAGCUUAUGGCGGGAAGGGCAACUACCAGCAGGGCUCCAACUCAGCCCUUCUCCUGCUGAACCAGGGCGACCUGGUCCACCUCGAGCUGCAGCAGGGAAGCCUCUACGAGCACCCGCACAACGAGGUCUACACCUCCUUCACCUCCUCCUUUUAG